AUGGCCUCCUCACGGAAUCUCUCCCCUCUCGGGAGGUGCCUUUUCGUCGUAGCCAUGCUUGUCGAGCUCCGUGCUGUUUCCGGCCAGACGUUUAGAUUCCCCAAGGAUGCGACGCCGACAGAGUUCCAGGGCUUCGUAACGAGUGCUCCCGGCUCGGAAUCUGACCGAUUCCUUAGCGCUACCAACAUUCCCAACUGCUAUACCAUGACCAUAUACCAAAGCUACCCCUCAGCUGCCCUGAGCUGGUCGGCAAUCGGCUGCGUGCAGCCUGGCUUUGAUGCCUCUACCGUAUAUCGGGAAAUCGUGGUGGGAACUACGACCACUGCGCCGCCGGGAUCGAGUACCGGGACGGGCAGAGAGCGCUCGUCCACGGCGGUUGAAACUGGUACCCGUGGAUCGACCAUCUCAUCAACGGUAGUUGAAACCAGCACCGGGGAGUCGUCCAACACAUGGCAACCGGAUUCUCCAGCCUCGCAAGCUUGGAUCGCUGGUGCCGUGAUUGGGCCCGUCGCGGCCGUUAUUUUUGCCGCUUUAUUGGCCUUUUGGCUAGGGAAGCGGAAAGGGAGGAGGGAGGUUCCGGGAGGAGUGCCUCGGAGCGAUUUCGGCAAUCACGACUUUGAGUCGGCGACGAUGCAAAGCACCAUGUCUCCAUUGACGGUGAAAAGUGAACUUGCCGAUAUCACCAAUGUCGCCGAGCUUGCAGACCACCGUACGGUAGAACUUGAUUCUCAUCCUGUUCGUUCCAAUGGGACUGGGAGGUACAUGAACAAAGGGGAAAGUAGUUGGUGA